AUGACGGACUCCCUGAACAACGAGAAAGACACGAUGAUUUUCAAACCAAACGGAGAGCACAUGUUUAGUAACACCAACGGGGUGAUCACCCAGUCGAAGGAAAACGUCACAGCCGAGGAUCUGUUUCUGACAAAAAAUAUUUUUCAAGAUGUGAAGCAGAAGGUGACUGGUGGGCCUGUAAAAACAACGACGGUAGAAAAGGUGACGAAGAUUCCUAAGGUGGUCUUUAGGGAAAGGGUAAAGGAUAAAGUCGUGAAGAAAAAAAAAGUAAUAACAAAAGAAGUGGAAAUAGAACAGGUCGUAGAUGUGAUCGAAAAUAAGGAGGAAAUUAUUUACAACGAAGUAAAGGUACCAACAUAUGUUGACGUCCCUAUAGUGCAACCAAGACAGGAGGUAUACCACACGGAGAUUCUAAAAAACGUCCCUAAGGGGAUCGAGUUGUUAGUAAAGCAAAGGUUAGAAGUACCAAAGGUUAGGCCAAAGUAUGUAGAAGUUCAGGUCCCCAUUUACGUACCCUGUUACAUUGAAGUACCCAUUCCUGCUCAAUAUAUCCCUAUCCCAAAAGGAGAAAAAAAGGACCAUUUUACAUGUGGCUUAAAUGAGGGUCAAAAAGUUUAUUAUGAAAACCCUAUGGUUUAUAAGAACCCUUUUAUACGUAGUACGUUAGCAACAGGGACCACCCAGGGGGAGUCCAAUCAUCAGGCUAACUUAAGUGGAAACGGUCCUCCUGUCGAUGGGGGGGACAAUAAAUCGGAGGCCAUUUACUCGUCCAAAAGUUCUGUGGAAAAUUUGAUCGCGGAGCAGAGCAAUGUAGAUAAUCUGGUCACCGCGGGGGCAGAAUAA